AAAAAAACAAGCUGCGAAGUCUCAGGAACCUACUCAAGAAAUCAUGGAACCUGAAAUAGAAAAACCGUCAAUUGACGAAAUCAAUAUUUCGAAAAAAAAUAAAAAAUCGAAAUGUCAAGAUAAAACGUUUAAACGUAAAAAAAUAUGA